GGUCGUGUGCACGUACGUGCGUACCAUCGUGCGUGAUCGUCGCCGCCGUGUGGACGUGGACUGUGGAGGAGUGGUAGACUUGUAGAACGCGAGGUUGACGAUUUUCGUUGCGGCUCGAAACUAUGUCCACCACGUUUCUAAACUUUGUCGAGGAGAAUAUACUGUAUGAGAUUCUGGCAGCGACAUGGAUUCUGUUCUUCUGGAAAUUGUAUUUGAGUCUGCGUCAGAGAGCUUUGGUACUACGUUUGGUGGAAUUGCCGGAACAAGUCCGAGGUUUAAUGACGAGAGAGGUCUACGAGAAGGCGCGCGACUAUUCUCUGGAUAAAUUGAACUUCGGUAUUUUCCAAGACACGUAUUCCGAGAUUUUCAAUACAAUCUUCUUGCUGACCAUGUGCUAUCGUCGAUUUUGGGUGUCCAGCGUCCGUUUGGUCGGUUAUCUUGGUUUCGACGAAUCGAAUGAGAUUCUCCUCAGCGGCGUUUGCAUGUUCGUUGUGUCUGUCGUUUACGACGUGGUCUAUCUGCCGUUGACGAUUUACUCCACGUUCGUCGUGGAACAGAAACAUGGGUUCAAUAAAGAGGUAAGCCAAUGACUUACGGCCGUCGGCAAACGAAUGAGUAGUUUC